UUCCCAGUCGUCAAACCGACUUCGUAAGAAUAUUUUUACAAUUUCCGAGUCUGUAUGUAAAUAUUGAUUUACUUAAGACUUUAUCACGAUAAGUUAUUUCAAGGUUAAAGCUGAGAUAUGUCAAUUCAUUGAUCAUUCAGUCAGCAUUCGCUACACGCGUCCUUCAUAGAUAUACACGGAAAAAAAAACAUUUUCUUUACAUGUCUAUUAUAAGUACGAAAAAUGAUUACUGAGUCACGGUUUAAGUGAAUUUCCCGCGUGAGUGCGGUGUAUUAAUGACGUGUUUUAAGUUCUUUUAGUUGUUUGUGGAACUGUUAUAGUGCGGACGUGUUUGGUAACAAAAAACAUGGAUAAAGUAAAACUGUUUUGGUCAAAAACUAACCGGUGGCAUAGAGGUUUAUUCAUCCUACUGCUGGUGGAAACGAGGGUGCUUCCCGGAGGCCAGUUGGGGUUCCUCUGCAAUGACCCUGCGCUAUCACAUCCCUUCAAUGGAGACACCAUCAGCUGGAAGUGGCUUCUGGCAACUUCGAUAUUCGUACCAUUAAUUGUUAUGUUAAUAGUAGAAAGAAAGUACCAUAAUGAGAAGCCAUCGAAGUCCAAGUUGGCAGUGGAGUGGUUCAAGGAGUAUCUCUACGGGCUGCUGGUCAACCUCCUCAUUGUGCAGACCCUGAAGCUGAUCGUCGGCUCCCCGCGGCCACACUUCUUUGACACCUGCAGUCCUAAUGAGGCGCAGACUUGUAAAGAAUCUGAGUACGUGGCAAGCUACACAUGUACGAAAGCGCACUGGAUCAGUCAGUCGGACAAGAGCUUUCCUUCAGGACACACGUCUCUUGCAGUACACGCCGGAGUGUUCCUAGCUUACUACCUCUACCGCCGUACGAGUAUGACGCUCAAAGUGCUGGUGUUCCAAGCGGUCUUCGUGAGCACGGCCGUAGUGUGCAGCGUGUCAAGAAUGACGGACCACCGGCACCACUGGUGGGACGUACUCGCGGGGGCAGUUAUAGCUGUGCCUGUACUUUAUUAUACGAUUCAUUCCCUGUGCAACAACUUCGAGUGUUCAAACAACAGCUCCACAACGGAGAACAACGCGCCGAUAAGUAUUGAAACUAAAGUUGUCAACGUACCUCUAAUAAACGCGAAAGAAACAUAAUUAAAAAAAAAACUACUUAAUAUAUAGGUAAAAUAAUUCUAAUUCACGGUGACAAACGAUAAUGUACCUUAAUGACUAAGCUAUAGGAUUGAUACUUACACGUUAAUGGAUAAUUCAAAUUAAGAAUUUGUGUUGAAUGUGUAAUUUAAAUUGUGAAUUUAGUGGCAGUCUAGUAAAAUGUACCUUAAGGUAAAGAAAAUAAAGUUGUAUUUUCAAUGAAGAAAGGAAAUGACGCUUUUUUGUCGUGCAUAUGUGAAAAUCUUCAAAUAAUAGUAAAAUUUUAAUUUAAAUUUCAACUCAUGCUAUUCUCAAAUUUAUAAUUGACACAGUAAAGUAUAUUUUACCAUGAAGACUAAAAAUAAUAUAAAAUAUGUAAUGUGUAAUAAUUUAAUCUACUCGUAUGAAACUCUAAACGUUAAUUUGCUACCGGAUUAUGUACCCUAUGGCAAUACUUAUUAAAGUCUUUCAUUAAAUGUAAAAAAAUAUCAUUUUAAAUAAUUUAUAUCCAAUGUAUGAAUGUAAUUGUUUAUUAUUACUGAAUCAUUAUAAUAGUAUAUAUUGUGAGACAUGCUAAAUUAACUAAAAAAUCACAGUUUACUCUC